AUGAGUCUCUACGCGCUCUUCUCGGGCUCGCGCCUCGAGGAGGCGGGCGAGGUCUUGGCCGGGGAGGCGAGUCUCUCACAAACUGGAGAGGAGGAAUGUGACGCUCUCGAGCGCGGCGAAGGGGAGGCGCGAGGGGGAGGGGACAGCGCGGCGCCGGUCUGCGCAGAGAGCGACGGGGAAGCGCGGCGCCGCAGAGAGCGAGAGGAGGUUGAGAACUUGCUGCAGCAGCGCGACGCGCUCCGGGAGGUUCACCGCCUCCUUCAGGAAAAACACGCGCGCCUCGUGGCGCAGCAGCGCGACGAGAAAGGGCGGAAAAGCAAAGAAGAGGACGCGAACGAGGCGCUUGCGCCGUCCUCCGUCGGCGCCGCGGAGAGGGGAGACGAGGGAGAUAGAUGGGAGGCGCCAGAGGGCGAAGUCGUCUCAGCCGUCGACGCGCCAGCCGUCGACGCGCCAGCCAUCGACGGGCGCCCUAACGACGGCCGAGAAAAAAGCUUCGAAGGGGGAGAAACCGAGCAGGGGAGGCGAUUUUUUUCAGAGGCCACCACCGCCGAUGGGGACUCCAGCUUGAGUCGCGCUUCCUCUCGCCUCAAUCAUCCUCUUUCUGCCAGGGCGCAGCUCCGGCAGGCGACAGGCCUCUCCGGAGAAGCUGAGCGAGACUUCUCUCUGAGUCGCGCCGAGGAAGAGAAUAAAGAUGAGCAGAUGCGCGGAGCGUUGCUGGGUGAGGCAGCAGAAACAGAGGAGGGCGUCGUCGCGGAAGAUGUCCCUGAUCGCGAGGUCGCUGCGGAGGAGGACGAAAAUGAGGCUGCGGAGCAACAGGAGGGCGCACUUGAAAGCCUGCACGCCGCGCAGAGUUACUGCGUGCCUUCGUCCGAGGAUGCUACAGGGGAAAAUCUCUCGUUUCAGGCGUGCCUAGAUGCAGAGAUGCGCGCUCUCGAUCAGUUCGCGUCGAGACUCCCCCUCCCCCCGACGCACGCGCCUCUCAGCACGCGUCCAUUGUCCUCUGCUUCGUCUGUUGGCCCCUCGAAACUGGCCCCAGAAAAACGCGCCUGGCUCCAGGUCGCUCGAGAAGACGUGGACACGCCUCUUUCGUCUUCGGAGGCAUCCGCAGAACCCUCUUCCUCUUCUUUUUCUUUAGCUUCUUCCUCUUCAGCUUCGUUUUCGCGCUCCGUCGCUUCAGCGUUGAAACCUUCGGCACCGUCUGUCUCUUCUCAGCCUUCGCUCGCUGAGAGCGCGAGCGCUGCGCCGCUCUCGCGCCCCUCGUUUCCUCUCGAUUUGCCCCCGUCCUUCCACGUGAAUCCUUUUCGUCGCCUCUGCCGGCCUCAAGACGGGGAGGAGACAGCCGCAGCGUCGCCUGUCGCUGACCUGCCUCCGGCGCUCGAGAGGCUCGACGCUCCGAAAGCAGGACUCGAGGAACAGACAGUCGGGUGUGUGCCGGCGGCUGCGGCGCCCUCUUCGCCUCUCUCUUCGUGUUCGUCCUCUCUUCUGCGACACUCCGCUCGGCUGCGACGAGCUGAGCAGAGAUCUGCAGAUGCGGCGCUCGCGGGCGCGUCUCCUACGUCUCUCACGCUUCCAUCGCCCUCGCCUGCGCGGUCGCCGCCUCGCUUAGGAGCCCACCCCGCCACGAGUUCAUCUACCUUUUCGCUCGCUGCGGAUCGGGCCUCCUCUCUGGCGCCUUCGUCCUGCUCGGCGCUCUCUGCCUCCUCUUCACUGUCUUUUUCUGCUCACUCGCCGGGCGCGUGCGGCCUGUUGGGAAUCAGCGGCGCCGCCAGCCGGCUGCCGGCAGCGACGGAUUGCGACAGCCAGGGAGACGUAGAGGCUCGGGAAGAAGAGCGGACCCGCGACACGCGCGAGUCCAGUCCGUCUUCUCGCCUGCCGUUGGGGUUUAGGGUUUCUGAUCUGCAAGAGGGGAAGUCUCAUCAGGCCAUUCGCGCCGGAGCAGACGCGCCCGCCGGUCUUUUCGUUUCCUGUGUGCCCAUUGAGAAAACGGCACCUUCACGCCAUACUGCUUCAUCUUUCUCUGCUUUUUUCGCUUCCAGCUCUUCUCCAGAACAAGGCACACAGGCGAGCCCUUCUCAGAGACGCCGCGGAGAAGAGGAGGGUGUCGCUCGCGCGGCCGUCGCCUCACCCGCGAAGGUGUCUUCGUGCUUCUUCCCCACACAGACCGACUCCACUGUUGACGCCUCCGCAACGCACCCCCCCAAACCUCCUUCGUCUCCGUUGCUUUCCUCCUGCUCCAGCUCUCCUUUUUUCUCUCGUCGGGCGCAACCAUUGUCGUCCCCCUCACUUUCUUCACCAGGCCUCCCUGCCGUCGCGCUCGCCGUCGCAGCGGAGCCUCGCCCUCGAGCGUCUCUGGGCUCCUCCUCUUUGCUUUCCUCUUCGCUGGCGUCGUCGUCUCCGCUGUCGUCCUCGCUCUCAGCUUCUCUCUCUUCGUCCUGCGGGGGGGGGACUGAGCUUUUUCCGCGCGUCGCGCCGCUCCAUGAGUCUCUCCCCGUCUCGUGUCUGCUCGCGCGGGCGCUGUCGCUGCACCUUGAGCGCGAGGGCAGCCAGAGUCUGCGAGAACCAAAAGGAGAGAAAGUCGGCAGCCACGACGCCUGCAGAGUCGAGCUCAUUCCGACAGCCACUGCCCGCGCGUCGCGCCUCACGGUGCGGGCGCGGACGCAGCGCGCCUUUCAAGCGCGAGUCGCUGAGAAGGCGAACGCCAACCGCGGCGGCGCUCUCUCGCGAAACGCCUCACGGAACGCGGACUCAGCAGGCCGCGCGUCUUCCUCCACAGCGCCCGCGCCCUCCUCCCUCGCGGUCGCUGAGGCCGUCGCGCUGGGGGGCGGAGAGAGCUUGAGGGACGAAGCAGGAAAGCUGCGUGAAGUGCCCAGCAUCUUCGUGGCUCCCUCGCUCUCCGCCCUGCGCCGGCUGUCGACUUUCAUUCGCGAAAAAGCAGAGACCGACGGCGGAGGACGCGGCGCCGAGCACGACGGCGCAGAGAGCGAAGGCGAGGAAGAAGGCCUCGUGAUUCUCGGAUGGAGAGAAAUCUUGGAAAGCCGGUGGGGCGUCUGCGAGCGACUCGACCAGUCCAAGCUACAGCUGCUUCUCCAGGCCUUCAUGCCGCGCUGUUGGUAUCAGUUUUUUCAGCUUGUUCAGCUGGCGAACUCUUCGUUCUUUUUUUCUGUCUUUCCUGCGGCCGCGGCGCUGCGCGCGGCUCCGUCGCCCGGCGCGUUGCACUUCUCCGGCGCGGCGUUUCUCGAGGACCGACUCGCAACCUUCGCGGCGCUGCGCGAGCGCCUCUACGACGUCCGCCGUCGCCUCGCAAGGAGCACCCAGGCGCUGCUGCCCGCGUUUUCGGUGGCCUCGCAGCGCAGCGCUGCGCGUGAGGGCGGCGCAGAGAGCGGCGCGCAGCCCAGCGAGGCGAAGACGGGUCCAAACAACCGCUUCUCCAGCAGCUUCGUCGCCAGGGCGGAGGCGCGUCGGAAGGCGCUGCCUUUCCCUUCUUCCGCGCCCUCCUCCGACGGCGAGGACGCGCCGCGCGCACAGACGCUCGCAGGCGGAUCUAGCGCGUCGGCGUCCGCGGGGAAGGACGACUUGCUCGCGCUGCUGGGCGGCGCCUCGGCGCUGUGUCUCCGCGUCGUGAAGUUGGUUCAGGAGGUUCAGGCUUCGCGCCUGGGGCGGCAGAAGCCGGGGAUCUCGGUGGGGCCCGCGGCGCCGCCUGCAGCGCCUGCGGUGUCUCUCUCUGCGUUUGGCGCGGCCGUGGACUCCUUUUCUCCCCCGUUUGCGUGCUUCGCGCCGUCGUCGCGGGAGGCGCGCGUGGCGCAGCAGCUUGCCGUACUGCAGCAGAGCGCAGACUACUUCCUCGCAGAGUCCUGCUGGAUAGAAAACCUCGCGGCGGAGCUCCUUCUUGAGCGGCGCGUCUCCCGCGCACUGCGGGAGCACCUGGGGCAUCGCGAGGCGCCGAGCCGCAGCAGAGCCGAAGAAGCGUGCGAGGCGAAGCGUCCCGCGUCCUUCUUCUCGCUGUCCACGAACGACGUGGAGGAACAGCAGCGGCUGAUCAAGAAAGUGGUGAAGGCCUGCGUCAAGGAGUCGCAACAACUCGACGCCCUCCAAGACGCGCUCAUUGAGCUUCUUUACUUGCGCGGCGACGAAGUCAGUUCGGAUGAAGAAGACGCGCACGCGAGCCCGCGGGUUUCCGCCUCACGCGAAUCGUCGUCCUCGUCGCCUGGAGGAGACGAACCGCGGGAGGGAAACGGCGCUUCAAAAGGCUUUCCUUUUUUCUCCUUUCCCUCGCACUUCCGCGAACAGUUCGGCCUCACAGAUGACGCAGCCGCGUCGCUUCUUCUCCUCUCCUACGCCCUCGACGCGCAGCGCCCGGCGGCGAUUUGCUCGGCGUAUCUGCUCGCGUCAGAGUCCGAGGGCCUCAUCGGCGCGUCUGCCUCCUCGUCUCAGCUUUCCCUCUUUUCUCCUUCCUCUUUGGGCGACUCGUCUCGCUCGGCGCUCGCGGCACUGCUGCCCGCAGCCUACCUGCGAGAUCCCGAGGGCCUCGCCGCAGAAGCCGUGUUGUGCGAGGGCGAACUCGCGAACGGAACAGAAACCGAAGAGAGCGAAGAGGUCCCCGAGGGCGCCGAAUUCGAGCGAACGGUGCACUUUCGCCCGGAGAGCGAGACUGCGAGCCGAGGGGAGAGCGACCAGCUGCUCCAAAGCGAAGACCUUGAGGAAGACGAAGACGACGGUCCCGGCGAACGCCACUGGGAAGAGUUCCUGCGGGCGCUUGGCAGCUGCCCCCGCGAGAGAGAAUUGACCGCCGAGGCCGCGCGCGGCGUGACGCAUGCAGUCGCAGAGGCGAACGCGCCGGCAGCGGCAGCCGCAGGAGCCUCAGGCCGUGCGCGCGCCUCGUUCGCACGAGGCAAGCCGAAGGAGCGCGAGAGAAGGGCGGGGAAGAGCCGCGUGGAGCCGGCGACCGGCAAAGGCAAGCGUGUAAAGGGGCGGACAGAGACGAGCGGCGCGCGCGUCAGGCGUCGCCGAGAAGGCGAGCCGCGGAAUGCCGCUGCGGUUGACGGCGCAGAGGCUCAAGAGCUCGAAGAACCUGAGAAAAAACUCGACAGGCUGCUCGAUCCUGCCUGGCUCGACCCUGCGGGCCUGAAGCGUCUUCUCCGCCUGCCCCAGAACGACGACUCUGAGGAAAAAGAAGAGAAAAGCCGCCCGUGCGCGCGGCGCUCGUCCUUUUCUCCGGAGAGGCAGGAAGCAGCUGCGGCCGCCGCUGCGACUCCCCUCGCCCUGUCCCUCCCUCUCGCUCGCGAGUCGACGCUUCCUUCUUCGGGCGAGGAGGGGGAAGAAGAGGAGGCGCUUCUGGUUUGCUCGGCGGAGACGCGGCACACGCGCUCGCCGUCGCACGCGUCGGCGGUCGCCGAGGAGCCUGCGACCGACGAAGACGAGGAAGCGAAGUUCGCGGCCUUCCUGCGCUCGAUGGCGGCGUUGGAGCGCAAGACGCUGGGGGCGAGCGGAGAGACGUCUCCAUUUCUCUUGUUUCGUCAGUUCUCCGCCAAGGCGCCUCCAACGCAGGCCUCGCCCGCGUCGCGGCGCCGCAGUCCCUUUCAGCAGCGGCCGUCGCGCGCCUCCGCGCCGGCGCAGUCUGACGCGCGAGACAAGCGGCCGCAGCUGACCUCUUCGCUGCCGCCAGUGGGGCGGCGCCUUGAGAUGCGAGCGCGCAUGCGCGAGUCGCGCCGGCAAGAGAAGGAAAACCUCCAAUCUGUGGCGAGCCCGGGUGCUCGGGCGAGUAGCUCUCAGCCGAGCGGCCCGAAGCGCCCGGAGGAGACGGGCUCGCGAGGGGACGAGCGCGACCGCGCGGAGGAGACUGGAUCCCAAGGCGCCCGCGAAGAGCUCGAUCGCCUGCGCAGGUCGCGCCUCGAGUUCCUUCGCUCGGUCUUCGCCGUGUCGCCCGCGAGGAACCAGAAAUUCGAAAAGGCGCCCAGGGACGAGGACGGCGCCGCGCGUGUCGUGACGGCUAGCUCGCCGGAGGAUCACCACUCCCGCGCGCGCUCGCCGGACAAGGCGUCUCCCCUUUUUUUCGAAGCAACGCCGAGAUGCAACUCGACGCAGACGCUGGAGGACGAGAAGGCCCUGAAGCCACGAGGAGGCAAAGAGGGAAACGAAGAGCGCAGUGCGACUUCGCUGUCCUUCGAGGGCGACGCACACACGGGAGACUUUGCGUCAGACAGCGAGCGAGAAGAAAAUCAACAGCAGGAGCAGAAGGGAGGAAGCAGGCGCGAGCAGGGCGCGCGUCCCGCGUCUCUCGCGGGCGAAGAGCCUCGAAGAAGGCUGCGGCGAAACGAAGAAGUCGGCGAAGCGAGCCCGUCGUCGAGGCUGCGUUCGCACGGAGAACGAGGCGCCGGAGCCCAGGAAGGAAACACCGCUGCCGCAAGUUCGCUCUCGCAGCGCCGCGGGAGCCUCGGCGACCGCGAGACGGACACGCCGCACCUGCCUUUUUUGGAGCCCCACGGACGGGCCCGAAGGGACGGGGCGACAGGAGACGCUCCGGCGCCCGACGGGCCUGGAGCUCUGUGCGAACAAGACGAGAAAGAAGUCGGCGUGCUCCUGGAGCCCCGCGACAGGAGACUGCGAGAGGAAGCUCACACAGUCGCGCUGCGCCACGCGCGGCUCUCAGGGCGACUUGAAGAACUGGAGCGUCGCAUUCGCGAGAAGCGCGCAGCGGUUCGCCGCUGUGAGGAGGAGUUCGCGUCGCUGCGUCUGCCGCAGUUCCUCUCCUCGGGCUCGACGUCGGCGGCGUCCGCGUCGUCUCUCCCGCCGGCGCUGGCGCGGAGCGUGGAUAUGCUUCGCGAACGCAAAGGGAAACUGGUGAACGAGCUUCGCGAGGAGGAGGCACGCCGCAGCGAAGUCUGCGUGUUCCUCGCUUCGCUGGACUCGCGGAAGAAAUUCCUCAACGCGGAGAUGCGCCGCCGCGACGGCCGCCAGCGCCGCGAGCUGCAGCGCAAAGAGAAGGCCGCAGCCUCCCCCGCCGAUCGAAAGGAGCAGAGCGGCAACCUGCCGCGAGAGACACUCGCGCCGAGGGGAGGCGGGGCGUCUCUUCGCGCCGUGCGAACCAAAAAGGAGGACGGCGUGACGCAGAGCUCGGUGGCGGCGAAAGGAGAAAAGACCGGCGCCAAGAAGACGCCCUGGUUUCCGCCGACGAUUCUCGAGUUGACUUCUGGCCUCUUCGAGGCGGAGUCUGCGGCGGCGGCCGAGCGAAGCGCGGAGGGCCCGGGAAGACGCGGCGAGUGCGACGGAGACUCGGGCGGUGGGGCGAGCCCCCGGCGGGACGGCAGUGUAGGCACUGCCGAGAAGACCGGCAGGAGCCCGCGUGCGCCUUCCUCUUCUGAGGGCACGGCGAAGGCGGAUGAGGAGAGCAAGCACGCAAAGAAAGAGAAAAACAAGGUGUUGUUCUCGGGGCUGAAGUCGUUCUUUGAUCUCGCGAAGGAGCAGACGGGCUGGCAGGCCGACGGCGCAACCAAGAAAGAGAAAAAUGACGAGGCGAAGCGCGCGGCGACUCAGGAGAAACCUGGAAAGCCGGUCGCCGUGCCACCGACCGCGAAGCCUGGGGCGACGACUGCGGCGGCGGCGGCGCCCGCUGCAGAAAAGACUGUCCCUUGCGCCUCCGACUCGCUGGAGGGAGGCGGAAGAGACCGCGCGAAGCGAGACGAGAAGCCGCGCGCGGCGUCUCAGCAGACCUGCGAGCAGGAAGCCGCGCGCGACAGCGAGAAGGACGUUUCCCUGGCUCGCUUCGAAGAGGAGCUUCAGGCGGAGCUCCAGGCGUUCGAGGGCGCAGAAAAACUGGAGGCUUCCGCGCAGAAAUCACCGCCUCUCGCGCCGCAGGAGGAGCUCAGACCGGAGCCCACGCUGGAGCCCAGCGCGGCCGUCGAGCAAGGAGAGACACGCGACGAGGCCUCAGCGGGGAAGCCAGACAAGCGAAAGCCGCCGGGCGCGAUGACCGCUCGCUCGCCGUCGCCGCGCGCGAGAGACGCGACCUGCCUUGAAGGCCAGCAAGGUGCAGGAGCGGAGCCCCGAACAGAGAAGAAAGCUGGCGCUGUGAGGAAGCGCGACGCAGUCAACGUCGCGUCCUCCAAGUCGGUCGCCGCGAAGCAAGUCGAGAAGUCCCUCUCCUCUCCAGCUGCAGCCUCCGCGUCGGCUGCUGGUCACCGAAAGGCGCUGCGCCCGCGGCGGGUCGCGGAGGGCGACCGGCGCGAGGACGCCGAGAAGCCCAGGAGAGACGCGAAGCCCGGCGCAGGGACUGAGCGUCGCCAGCUUUCGCAGCCGAAGAAGCGCGGAGAAAACGAGCAGACUCUCUCCGUCGCGCGCCUCCCCUCCGCCGCGCGCCUCCCCUCCGCCGCGCGCCUCCCCUCCGCCGCAGCGGCGCCUCUCGCCGCGUCGGCUGUCUCCGACCGAAGAGAAGAGAUGAAGGCCCGCAGGGCGAAGGUGCUGGCGAUGGCAGCCAGGCAGCGGGAGCAAGCGAGAAAAAGAAGGGACGAACACCAGAGCUCGCAGGAUCAAGGACGAGGCGAAGAACACCGCGCGCGAGACGCCUCGCCUACCUCCGCCGAGAUGCCGCCUACCCUCGACUCGAAAGAGGGACUCGACGACAGCGACGCGGCGGCGGAAAAGGGAGAAGAAGAGACGAAGCUCAGCGCCUUCAAGAAAGAAGACAAGGGGGAGGCGGACGCGAGAGCGACGGCGCGCGGAGUGCCCAGCGAAGAAGACGCAGGCUGGACCAUUUCCACGGCUGCAAGCACCGUGUUUUCGUCCUUUUCGCGAGGCGGAAACUCCUCCUCUCCCGCGCUCGCUCGGGAGGCGUCUCUGCGCCCGGUCUCCGCGCGGCAAGGUAGCGACAGGGACGGCGAAGAGACACGGGAGGGAGCGAAGAAAGCAAAAGAAGAACCGAAGGAAGAAAAAUGGCCGAGCGAAGAGUAUAUAGUAAGGCAAGCGGGCGACGAGGGAGAAGAAGGUGCUGCCGCCACACAGAAGCCCUUCGAGCCCCUCAGCAUGACGCUGGAGAGCUUGCCUGUGUCGAGUCAGAUCUCGGGAGAGAAAAACAGCCCGAUUAGGUGGACGGCCUCUCCUCUUUUUUCUCAUCGCCGCCUCGUGCCGUCUUGUUCUUCGCCGCGAAGUCUGCGUUCUGCGGACACAACGCCCCCGCACGUCUCUGCGCGGCUUCCUCCUCUCUCCGCUCGCGUCGCGGAGCCCUCGCGCUCUCCACUCACUUCUAUGUGCGAGGAGGAAGGCGGUCAUGGGCUCGCGGCAGCGCUCCCAAGCGCCAGAGAGGCAGGCGAACCGGCGAAACGAGAGGAGGAGGCGGAAGGAAAGACGCGGGCUGGAGGCCUAAGAAGAAGGAGCCGCGGAGGCGUACGCCUCCUCCUGCCGCCCGCUGUUGAGCACGCGGUGCGUCUGGCGCAGACGCGCGUGCGCGACAAGAAUCUUCUUUUCCGGAGAAUCGAAGAGGCGAAGCUGAUUCAAGAAGAGAAGAAACGACGCGACGUCUUUGCGCGUCGGGAUCAGCGGCUUCGGCUCUUCCUUCGGCGUCAGCAGGAGCUGCGAAAUCUGCAGGCGCAGAGUUCUUCGCUGGAGGACUCGGGGUCCAUUCACGGGCAGAGUCGCGUCUGCCCCGUGCUGCCUUCUUUCUCGCCUUUGACGUCGUCGUUUCUGCGAGACGGAGUCGUCGUGCUCACGGAGGGUCAGGCUGCGCUGGCUGCGGCGCGAGAAGCAUCGCUGAAGGCCGAGCGAGGGCACUUCGCCGCGCCGCCGCAUCUGGGCGAGUCGGGCGCUGAAGUCGCCGCGCGGGAGACUGAGAGCGUUUCGCGGGUCGCGAGGCCGCUGAAAGACGUAGACGAAGGUCUCCGAAGACAAGCCGCGCAGCCCCCUGCGGCGCCGCUCGACGAGGCCGCGCUGAGCACCUCGCGCCUGGUCGCGACUGUGGACAGGAUGGGUCGCCGCGAUGUCGAACAAGACGCGCAGGAGGAAACGCAGCUCUUUGGCUCGCUGAAUAGUCUCACAGCAGAAGCCACGCGCGCGUACCUCGAAGCGACAACUCUCGCCGCGGCCGCGCAGACGAUCCACGUCUCUGCGCUCUCCGGAACUGUCCGCGUCCUCGCUGAGGAGACGGCCGAUCGCCUCGCUGAGGCGACAGACCUCGAGAGAGAGGAGGCCGCGGAAGCUGCCGCUGCAGGCGACAGAAGAAGAAACAGCAUGAAGGAAAGCGGGGAUCUAGACGCAAGCGAAGCGCGGCGAGCUCAGGGCACACCGAGUGCAGCUUUCCGCGAAUCAGGAGAAACAGACGACGUCUUCGGCAGGGUCGAGGAAGUUGACGCGAGCGAGGAGAACACGGCCGACGCACGGGGGAAAAGUCGCGCGAUAGCGGCAGGGGCAGGAGCGUGCGGAGAGCGCGAGGGCGACGCAGACGGCAGCGAGGAAGCUGUCGAGGAGAGCGAGCAAGGAUUUGAGGGAGGCGCCGCCCACAGCCGCACAGCGCAGUCGAGCGUGAUGACGCUGCGCGACUGUGUACGUACACCGCGCAAGGCGAGUGUCGGCGUGGAUGCGGGCGUCUACACGCCGUCGGCGGCGGAGUUGCAGGCUGUGCAUCGGCAGCGCAUGGAGCAGAAGCUCCGGGAGCUGCAGACACUUCGGCGGGAAGUGGAGGCGCGGAGUCACUCGCGUCCGCGGGCCUCCUCGGGCUCGGCGGUCGCCGUCCGGACCUCGCUGUCGCUGAUGCUGGAAAAGGCUGCGCACGGUGGAGUCGAGAGCCGCGGCGCGACGCCGAGGGCAGGGAACGACCGGCGGAUUGUGACGCCUCGUCAGAUUGGCAGAGAAAGCAACUCGGUUCUGUUAGCCAGGCUGCUGGGGCCGAAGCUUCCCAGCGAAGCACAAACACAGAGCGCCUUGCAGAGACAAGACGACAGCGCAGACAGCGAGAUCGACUCCACGCAGGGGCUGAGGAGGAGGACGUCGCCGCGGGGUCAGUUGCCCCCCAGUCGCGAUGCAGCCGGGGGUCUGACCCUCGGGGGAACGGGAGAUUCAAGCGCAUCGAGGCCGAAGCAGAGCACCGGCUGCGGCACAGACGCUGCCGCCUCUGUGACCCUCGCCUCCCUCGUGGCGGCGUCGCCUCGCCAUCCUCGUGCGGCGUCUCUGCUGCACGCUGCUCCGCUGCGAGAGGCUUCUCUGGACUCGGAUGGGUCCCUUGCCAGCGUUGAAGCGGCAGACGAACGAACCCGGGAAGAAGAAGCGUGGAGCGUGUACUACCGGCGCGUCGCUGAGGAGAAGAAGCGCACGACCGAGACAGAGGACAGCAGCGAAAGAGAGCACGUGCGAAGGACCGCACACACGCAGGGGCGAAGCACGCCACGCCCACUCGGCUCUGCACACUUCGACAGGUCUGUCGCGCACGACUACAACGGGACCAGCGAGGCAAGCGAAGACGAAGAGCCGCGCAGAGACGGGUGUCGAGUUCUCCCCAGCGUGGGGAGAGGCCGGCAAAUAGGGAGAGGGGAAGAACGGCACCCAAGCAGUGCGCACGAGCGCGAGGACGAAGGAAGGAUAAAAAUUCCUUCUUUUGCCUCGCUCGUGGAGGAGGCGACAGCACGGCAGAUGCUGCAGAGCGAACACACCAGCCGAGAUCGGUUCCUUCAAGAAGAAGCGACGGUGGAGGCCUCACGCACGCCCCGUCUCUGCGUGUACCGUGGAAGAGAGGAGGCAUGCGAGGAAAGAAAAGGCGGCGAAAAAGCGAGGGACAGAUACGCCUCCUACGAGGGCGAUGCCUACCAUGCACACGAGCUCGAAAACGAGCUCCGGCACAUGCAUUUUCCUUCAAGUUUCCAGUGA